GAGCGCGCGCAGGAGCCGCCGCCGCCGCCGCCCGCGUCUCCGUCGCCGCGCGCCUGAGCCGCCGUCGCCGCCGCGCGCCCUGCCCGGGGGCGGCCCCCCCAGCCCCAUGGAGGUCUCCCGGAGGAAGGCACCGCCGCGCCCCCCGCGCCCAGCCGCGCCGCUGCCCCUGCUCGCUUAUCUGCUGGCGCUGGCGGCGCCGAGCCGGGGCGCGGACGAACCCGUGUGGCGGUCGGAGCAAGCCAUCGGAGCCAUCGCGGCGAGCCGGGAGGACGGCGUGUUCGUGGCGAGCGGCAGCUGCCUGGACCAGCUGGACUACAGCCUGGAGCACAGGCUCUCGCGCCUGUACCGGGACCAAGCGGGCAACUGCACGGAGCCCGUCUCGCUGGCGCCCCCCGCGCGGCCCCGGCCGGGGAGCAGCUUCAGCAAGCUGCUGCUGCCCUACAGCGAGGGGGCGGGCGACCUCCAGGGGCUGCUGCUCACCGGCUGGACCUUCGACCGGGGCGCCUGCGAGGUGCGGCUGCUGGGCAACCUGAGCCACGGCUCCCUGCGCAACGGCACCGAGGUGGUGUCGUGUCACCCGCAGGGCUCGACGGCCGGCGUGGUGUACCGCGCGGGGGACCAGAACCGCUGGUACCUGGCGGUGGCCGCCACAUACGUGCUGCCGGAGCCUGAGACGGCUAGCCGCUGCAACCCGGCGGCGUCCGACCGCGACACCGCCAUCGCCCUCAAGGACACGGAGGGACGCAGCCUGGCCACGGAGGAGCUGGGCCGCCUCAAGCUGCGCGGGGGCGCGGGCAGCCUGCACUUCGUGGACGCCUUUCUCUGGAACGGCAGCGUCUACUUCCCCUACUACCCCUACAACUACACGAGCGGCGCCGCCACCGGCUGGCCCAGCAUGGUGCGCAUCGCGCAGAGCGCCAAGGUUUUGCAGUUCCAGGGCCAGGCGGCCCUCGACUGCGGCCACGGCCACCCCGACGGCCGGCGCCUGCUCCUCUCCUCCAGCCUGGUGGAGGCCCUGGGCGUCUGGGCGGGCGUGUUCAGCGCGGCCACCGGGGAGGGCCAGGAGAGGCGCUCCCCCGCCACCACCGCACUCUGCCUCUUCAGGAUGAGUGAGAUCCAGGAGCGCGCCAAGAGCUGCCCCUGGGACUUCCAGACGGCCGAGCAGAACUGCAAAGAAGGCGAGCAACCUGAGAGAGUCCAGCCAAUCGCCUCAUCUACCUUGAUCCAUUCCGACCUGACAUCCGUUUAUGGCACCGUGGUAAUGAACAGGACUGUUUUGUUCUUGGGGACUGGAGAUGGCCAGUUACUUAAGGUUGUUCUGGGUGAGAAUUUGACUUCAAAUUGUCCAGAGGUUAUCUAUGAAAUUAAAGAAGAGACACCCGUUUUCUACAAACUGGUUCCUCAUCCUAAGAAGAAUAUCUACAUCUAUCUAACGGCCGGGAAAGAGGUGAGGAGAAUUCGUGUUGCCAACUGCAGUAGACAUCCAUCCUGCACGGAGUGUUUAACGGCUGCAGACCCUCACUGCGGUUGGUGCCAUUCACUACAAAGGUGUACUUUUAAAGAAGAUUGUGUACACCCAGAGAACCAUGAAAACUGGCUGGAUAUUUCGUCGGGAGCUAAAAAGUGCCCUCAAAUUAACCUAUUCCGAAGCAGUAAAGAUAAGACUACAGUGACUGUGGUGGGAAGCUUCCCUCCCAGGCGCGCGGAGUGGGAGUGCGCGGUGAAGAGCGCGGACACGGGCAGGCAGCUCUGUAGGGGUAAAAGUCCACCAAGCAAGCCCUGCACCUGCAGCAUUCCCACGAGAGCGACCUACAAAGAUGUUUUGGUUGUCAACGUGACAUUCUCCGUCGGCUCUUGGCGUUUAUCAAAAAGAUUCAACUUUACCAACUGCUCAUCAUUAAGAGAGUGUCCAGUGUGUAUUGGAACUGGCUGUGCUUGGUGUAAAAGUGAGAGGAAGUGUAUCCAUCCCUUCACAGCUUGUGACCCUUCUGAUUACAAGCGAAGCCAGGAGCACUGUCCAGUCACUGUGGAGAAACGGACACCACCCGAGACAGCAGGAGGAGGAAGAUUCACGGAGAAUAGGAGUAAUAGGACCCAUUCCGGCUUGCAGGUCUUUUACAUUAAGUCCAUUGAGCCACGGAAGAUAUCAACUUUAGGGAAAAGCAACGUGAUCGUCACGGGGGCAAACUUUACCCAGGCAUCCAAAAUUACUAUGAUCCUGAAAGGAACCAGUACUUGCGAGAAGGAUGUGAUCCAGGUUAGCCACGUGCUAAAUGACACCCAUAUGAAAUUCUCUCUACCAUCAAGCCGGAAAGAAAUGAAGGACGUGUGUAUCCAGUUCAAUGGCGGGAACUGUACAUCUGUGGGACCCUUGUCGUACAUCGCUCUGCCACAUUGUUCCCUCAUAUACCCUGCCACCACCUGGAUCAGUGGUGGUCAAAAUAUAACCAUCGUGGGCAGAAAUUUUGACGUAAUUGACAACUUAAUCAUUUCACACGAGUUAAAAGGAAACAUAAAUGUCUCUGAAUAUUGUGUGACAGAUUCCUGCAGGUUUUUAGCCCCCAGUUUAAAGAGUUCAAAAGCGCGUACGAACGUCACCGUGAAGCUGAGAGUCCAGGACACCUUCUUGGACUGCGGAAGUCUGCAGUAUCUUGAGGACCCUAGGUUCACGGGGUGUCGGGUCGAACCCGAGGGGGACACAGAGCUGGAAGUAAAAAUUCAAAAAGAAAAUGACGAGUUCAACAUCUCCAAGACAGACAUUGAAAUCACUCUCUUCCACGGGGAAAACGAGCAAUUAAAUUGCAGUUUUGAAAACAUUACGAGAAAUCAAGAUCUCACCAUCAUCCUUUGCAAAAUCAAAGGCAUCAGUAAUGCAAACAGCAUCGACACCUCGUCCAAGAAAGUUCGUGUCAAACUGGGAAACUUGGAGCUCUACGUUGAGCAGGAAACAGUUCCUACCACUUGGUAUUUUCUGAUUGUCCUUCCCGUCUUGCUAGUGAUUGUCAUCUUUGCGGCCGUGGGGGUAACCAGGCACAAAUCGAAGGAGCUGAGCCGCAAACAGAGCCAACAGCUGGAGCUCCUGGAGAGUGAGCUCCGGAAAGAGAUACGUGAUGGCUUUGCUGAGCUGCAGAUGGAUAAAUUGGAUGUGGUUGAUAGUUUUGGAACCGUUCCCUUCCUUGACUACAAACAUUUUGCUCUGAGAACUUUCUUCCCCGAGUCAGGUGGCUUCACACACAUCUUCACUGAAGAUAUGCAUAACAGAGAUGCCACUGACAAGAAUGAAAGUCUCACAGCUUUGGAUGCUCUGAUUUGUAAUAAAAGUUUCCUUGUGACUGUCAUCCACACCCUUGAGAAGCAGAAGAACUUUUCAGUGAAGGACAGGUGUCUGUUUGCCUCCUUCUUGACCAUUGCACUGCAAACCAAGCUGGUCUAUCUGACCAGCAUCCUGGAGGUGCUGACCAGGGACUUGAUGGAACAGUCCAGCAACAUGCAGCCGAAACUCAUGCUAAGACGCACAGAGUCUGUGGUCGAGAAACUCCUCACAAACUGGAUGUCCGUCUGUCUUUCCGGUUUUCUGCGGGUAAGUGUCACCUCCCGCGGCAGGGUCAGAGGUAAGACAAUAGGUGGUGAGCCAAAUAGCUGGGUGUUAGUGAGUGAAUUUAGCUACCUGAGCAUCAACAAUGAGCUCUGUCAGGUUGGAUACAUUCAGCUACUGGGAAACCUGUUUGUGUUCUUGCAGGCAUUAAACGUUGUCUUUGAAAAGAUCCCGGAAAAUGAGAGUGCAGAUGUCUGUCGGAACAUUUCAGUCAAUGUUCUUGAUUGUGACACCAUAGGCCAAGCCAAAGAAAAGAUCUUCCAGGCUUUCCUAAGCAAAAAUGGCUCUCCUUAUGGACUUCAGCUGAACGAAAUUGGCCUGGAGCUACAAGUGGGAACACGACAGAAAGAGCUGCUGGAUAUUGAUAGUUCGUCUGUGAUUCUCGAAGAUGGAAUAACCAAGCUAAAUACCAUCGGCCACUACGAGAUAUCAAAUGGAUCCACUAUAAAGGUCUUUAAGAAGAUAGCAAAUUUUCCUUCAGAUGUGGAAUACUCAGAAGACCACUGCCAUUUGAUUUUACCAGAUUCAGAAGCAUUCCAAGAUGUGCAAGGAAAAAGACAUCGAGGGAAGCACAAGUUCAAAGUAAAAGAAAUGUAUCUGACAAAGCUGCUGUCGACCAAGGUGGCAAUUCAUUCUGUGCUUGAGAAACUUUUUAGAAGCAUUUGGAGUUUACCCAACAGCAGAGCCCCAUUUGCUAUAAAAUACUUCUUUGACUUUUUGGAUGCCCAGGCUGAAAACAAAAAAAUCACAGAUCCUGAUGUCGUACAUAUUUGGAAAACAAACAGCCUUCCUCUUCGCUUCUGGGUAAACAUCCUGAAGAACCCUCAGUUUGUUUUUGACAUUAAGAAGACACCACACAUAGACGGCUGUUUAUCUGUGAUUGCCCAGGCAUUCAUGGACGCAUUUUCUCUCACAGAGCAGCAACUCGGGAAGGAAGCACCAACUAAUAAACUUCUCUAUGCCAAGGAUAUCCCAACCUACAAAGAGGAAGUAAAAUCAUAUUACAAAGCAAUCAGGGAUUUGCCUCCAUUGUCAUCUUCGGAAAUGGAAGAAUUCUUAACUCAGGAAUCUAAGAAACAUGAAAAUGAAUUUAAUGAAGAAGUGGCCUUGACAGAAAUCUACAAAUACAUCGUAAAAUAUUUUGAUGAGAUUCUAAAUAAACUAGAAAGAGAACGAGGGCUGGAAGAAGCUCAGAAACAACUCUUGCAUGUAAAAGUCUUAUUUGAUGAAAAGAAGAAAUGCAAGUGGAUGUAAGCACUCUGGGGACUGGCUUAAUCUGGCAAAAUUCUUCAGACGACUUGGGAGCAAAAUGGCUGCUUGAGCUACUCUGUGUCGUUAAUUUUUUAAAGUUUGCACACAGGUUCCACUUUGAGCACAGUCUUUCAGAGACCAAGGCACAUGCACAGCUUUUAGAAAGCAUACCCACCAUUGUGCCUGUGCAUAUACUGUGGGAACCUUUCUGUAAAUAGAGUCGAAGUGGUUGUUGUAAACAGCCUCCUUGUUUACAGAGAAUACAGGGCCAGUAAGCAAGUGUCAGUAUUGUUAACUACAGUCUCCACUUAAGCACAAUGACAACAGUGGUUUUGUUUGAAAACUACAGUUCUGUAGCACUUGUGACUACACUGCACUUCUGCAGAAAAGGGACACUGCCAGUGAUGACAAGAAAAUGUGAAAUGAGUCAUUUGGAAACAAGGCGGGAGUGUUAGGGCAACCUCGAGGAUUUGCGGCAUUGAAACUUUCCCCAGUAGUUCUUGGAAAAGCUGACCGCAGAAUUUGGUAGUGUGUACACUUAGCAUUUGUGAGUGUGUGUGUGUUUUUAAACCAAAAACUGACAGUGUUGCAACAUUGUUGAAAGGGCUCGUGUUUUUCAGUGGUCGCCAGUUACACUCCAUCAACUCACCUCCAUCUCACGAAGGAGCUCUAAAGCAAGGAGAGUGAGGAGGUUUAUUUAAAAUGCAACAGCAUUUUACCCACUUUGUCCUGAUGUGUUCCUUUUUUCAUUUUUUCAUAUAAAUGUAUUUGAUAGUGGACAUGUUGGCUGUUGUAAAACAAAACAAAACACCAUUAGUUUAUUUCUGUCUAAAAACUUUGAUCAGAACUAACUGUAGAAGAGUAACUUCCUCCCCUAAUCCUACAUUUCUGUACUUGGUGUCUCCUUGCUUUAGAUUUCUGGUGAACCCUGUGAUUAUAAAUACUUGUGUGUGAUUACAAAAAAAAAAAAAAGAUACAUUUUACAUUUCAUGAAAUUGCUGUUCACACUGGAGUAUUAUAUAUGAAUAUAUAUAUUUGAGGCCCAAGGCCUGAAAAAUAUUAGUAUACAACUUGGUAUCUUAGUCUUACUAUGUACUUUUUGAAAGUAUUCCUCACAAAAGAAAGAAUUCAAAAUACCCAAUUUAUUCAUGCCUUUCUUUUUAAAGAAUCCCCUAUCCAGUUACACUGUAGUCUUUUUAUUGCUGGUUUUUUAUUCCUGAAUUUUUGCUGCUCAUGACCAAUUUUAAUACCACUGUGUUUUCCUUCUAUUAAAUCAAAAGUAAAAAAAAUGUAAUUGGCAACUCUCAACUUUCCUUGUGGCACCUUUUACCCUUGGUGCUCCAAAUCCCAGAUUAAGGAAAGACAUUUUUUCAAGUAGCAAAUAAAACACUGAUCAUCUAUUCCUUAAAAUCUUAUACCAACACUGUAUGGGAUAUCAGGAUAUCAGUGUGAAUUUGUCUUCGAAAAUGAAAUUCUUUGUGCUCCUCAGUAUCUAGCAAAGAGUAAGAGGUGAUACCUCAGCAGAAUGAUCAAAUAAGCAGUUAUUACCCUGAUAGGCCCCUUCCUAAUCACGUCACUUUUGACCAUUGUCUGUCCAAUGGACACACCUCAAAAAUACUACCAAAUAGGUUACUUACAAGUAUAAAGGUGAGAGGUCUGGUCCCCAUCUAAGACUGCAACAGUCUUGAUGUGAAGGCAUUCAUAAGAGAAUAACAGGACAGUUGAGAGCCAAGGGUAGGAGAGUUGCCCAAAAGACUUCCCCUUCUUUAGGGUACAGAAAUGCUAAGAAAAGGAUCAGCUACAGCUUUAUCUAAGUAUUCAGUAAAUGCUACAUGAGGGUGUCCCUGUCCAGCUCUCUGGCACAUGAGUCCCAUGGGGAGACCUACCUCCUCUUCCGGGUACGAUGCUGCUGGGAACUUUGGGCAAGUCACUUACCUCUUUGUGCCUCAAUUUCUGUAUAAUAUUUCUAACCUACCUCACUGAGGUGGUGUGAAGAUUCACUAAUGUAUGUAGCGUGUUUGUCAAUCCUCCAGUGAAAAGCACUAUCUAGAUCACAUUUUGGAUCACAUUAGCCAAAUGCAGUAAAUGGCCAAAUUAGAUGUGUGCUGAAGACAAUCAGUCACUGGGUCUAUAUUAAACAGCAACCAGAGAAACAAAUGGCAAACAAUUUCUAUUUUCAAGUUUCUUUGCAUAUUUUUUUGGUGCAAACAAUUCAUUUAUAAACUUUUUUUUCUAACACUAGUGUCUACAGCAGCAUUUAAAAAUUAUUUCUGUUACCUUUUCUGUAUUAGGGAUCUAAAGUCUAUUUCUUAUUGUAUACCUGAUUGAAGCUGUACUUGGAGAUGAAUGUUUUAAAUGUCUAUAUCCAAAAAUAAACAUUUUGAUGUAAAUGUG